AUAAAGAAAGAGGAAGGAGAAGAGAUGGGAGUCGCUCCCCCCCAGUUUGUAAGGAAUGCGUUCCACCGCCGCCCUCCUUCCAUUUCCCUAAGCGCCACUGUCCCUACAUUAACCCCCCCUGCCCGGGUUCCCGUCCACGUUCGUUCCUUCAAGACCCCGCUGUCCCGCUCCUCCCCGCGAACCCCUUAUAAAACCCCCUCGAAGGUUCCACCUUUUCCCCUCGUUCCACCGAGUCGGCUGAUCGGCGUGGUGAUGGCAUCGUCGGGUCCCGUGCAGAAGUCCGAGGAGGAGUGGCAGGCCAUCCUGUCGCCGGAGCAGUUCCGGAUCCUUCGGUUGAAGGGGACUGAGUAUCCUGGCACUGGUCAAUAUGACAAGUUUUUUGCUGAUGGUAUAUACGAGUGUGCUGGUUGUGGAACACCACUGUACAAAUCCACUACUAAGUUUAACUCUGGGUGUGGCUGGCCAGCCUUCUUUGAGGGUCUUCCUGGAGCCAUAAAUCGAACGCCGGACCCUGAUGGAAGGAGAAUAGAAAUAACCUGUGCUGCUUGUGGCGGUCACUUAGGUCAUGUGUUCAAGGGAGAGGGGUUUAACACCCCCACAGAUGAGCGCCACUGUGUCAAUAGCAUCUCACUCAAGUUUGUUCCUGCCUCCCAAAGCAACUAGCUUCCUCUUUGGUAUGUAUGGCACUCUUAUUUUACCAGUACAAUGAUCAAGAAAUAAGAAUUGGUUUGUUGUCUGUUUCUUGUUGUCAAUGGAACUUAUUCCCUUUGCCUUA